GAAACAAGAUGGCGUCGCCUCAAACAUAAAUUGAUGUUAAUGAGUUUAUCGAUGUAGAAGCGCGCCUCUCUCGGGGCUUCUGUGUUGUUUUGGGGUUGUUCCGGUGAAAGGACCUAUUCCGCAAUCAGUUAGGUGUGUUGUAGGCGUUGCUUUAAGGCCCCGGAGGAGCCUGUGGAUCUUGUUUGUUUUGUCCCUCCGGUGACAGCCGGAGAGGAGAAGAGCUGCUGACGGGCAGGAUGAACAGCGGGGAGUAUAUCUCCACCAUGGAGAACAUGGACCCGACUUUAGCGGAAUUAGGGGACGAAUUCACGUUGGGAGACAUUGAUGAAAUGCUGCAGUUUGUCAGCAACCAGGUGGGGGAUUUCCCAGACUUGUUUGAGGACCAGAUGAACUCAGCAGGCUCUCUACAGAGUGGUGGAGCCACCUCCACCUCACAGCUUCAAACACAAACUCCUCAGACACCCCAGCCCCCAACCACUGCUCUUUACCAGAGCUCCAACGCUUGCCUCGCCUCCUCCCAGACUUUGUCCCCGCAGUCGGUACCCCUCACCCCUCCCCUCACUCCCGCACAAACACCCUCGCCCCCCACCACCUCUUCAGUGCAGCAACAGGUGACCCGCAGCCCUCCACUCCUUCAGCCACGCCCUCAGUUGGUCCAACCCAUCCAGCCUCAACCCCAACAGACAGCCCAGACAGCCAUUCAGAUGCACACCCAGGGGAUCUCCAUGCAGACUCAAAAUUUUCCAGUUCACACCUUGGUCCAGACCCACAACCAAACACCCAUGCCUAUACAGACUCAAGCAGCCCAAACUGUGAUGAUUGCCUCCAAUGGUGGACAGUCACGCUUCAUCCAGAACCCUGUCAUUUGCCAGCAGAGCCCUGCUCCUGGCUUCCAAGUCCUCCAGCCACAAAUGCAGAGCAUCAUGACGUCACCUCAGCUCCAACCAGUGACCAUUCAACACCAGCGUGUUCUGACCCCAACAGGUCAAACCAUCCAGACUAUCUCCACAGCGCCCACUACAGUCCACACUGUGCAACAGCAAGUGCAACAAGUACCUGUUCUCGUCCAACAGCCGCAGAUUCUUAAGACAGACUCGUUGGUUCUCACAACACUCAAACCAGAUGGGACACAGGUGCUGUCUACCAUGCAGAGCCCCGCAGGCAUCACCACCCUCACCACGCCCAUCCAGAACACAGCUCUGCAAGUCCCGACGCUUAUGAGCAGCAACAUCCUGACCACCCUCCCGGUUAUGAUGGGAGGAGGAGACAAGUUGCCAAUCAAACAAAUACAGCCAGGCUCUUGCCCAAGCACAGCUAGACCGAACAUGGAGCAGUGCCAGGUGACAGCAGGAGGAAUCGGGCCAGGAGGGGUAGUGAAGGAGGGCGAGAGGAGGACAACCCACAACAUCAUUGAGAAGAGGUAUAGGUCCUCCAUCAAUGACAAGAUUGUUGAGCUCAGAGACCUGGUCAUGGGCAGUGAUGCAAAGAUGCAUAAGUCAGGAGUGCUGAGGAAGGCCAUCGACUACAUAAAGUACUUGCAGCAGGUCAACCACAAACUACGACAAGAGAACCUGGCCCUUAAGAUGGCCAAUCAGAAGAACAAGCUCGUGACGCUGUCUGAAGAUGUCGAGCUCAAAGAGGAAGUAGUGCUGAUGUCACCUCCAGCCUCAGAUUCUGGUUCUGGUUCCCCUCACCAGUUUUCUCCGUACUGUGUUGACUCAGAACCAGGGAGCCCUUUAUUGGAUCAUGAACAGGUGAAGAGUGAGCCAGAUUCUCCCUCGGUUGGAGUGAUGGAUCGCUCUCGGCUGCUCCUCUGCGCCUUGACUUUCUUCUGCCUGUCUCUGAACCCUCUGCCAUCUUUACUGGGGUCAGAGACGUCAAGCAGCCCCGCCCUCUCCGGAGGCCACGGCCCAUCUAGAACCCUCGUCUGGUUUCCAAGUCACACACAGGAAUUUGCAUCUUGGGUGCGUUGCCUGUUGCCGUGGGUGAUGGUGUGGGUGCUGAGUGGGGUGGGAGCAGUGUGGGGCUGUGUCAGGGUGCUGUACCUGUGGGAGCCAGUCACACCUCUUCACUCGCCAAAAUCCGUGUCCUUCUGGAGGCACCGCAAACAAGCGGACCUGCAUCUCAAUAGGGGAGAUUACACAGCAGCAAUGGCCAGUUUGGAGACUUGCCUCUCUGUUUUGACAAGAGCUCUUCCCUCAACCAAGCUGGAUCUGGUCUGCUCGCUCUCCUGGAAUGUGAUUCGCUACUGCUUACAUCGUCCAACUCCUCUGGGGUGGCUUGUUCACCAGGUAGGAGGGAAGCACGAAGGGGAGGAAGCGAGGACAAGCGCGAGGGACGCAGCGCUUGUUUACCACCAGCUGAGCCAAUUACAGCUCACAGGAAAACUGCCUCAGCGUAGCAGUCUGUGGGCUCUGUCGCUCUCUCUAAGCGCUGUGAACCUCAGCGAGAGUGCCCAAGGCAAGAUGGCCCCCGCGCAGUUCACCCAGAUUUAUGUCACUGCAGCAAUAGCCCUGCGUACUGUGCUGGGCCACCAUCUCUCCUGCCUCCCUGGUUACCUGUUGGGCUGUGCCGAGAGUGUGGCCAACCAAUCAGAGACAAAGCCAAUCCCUGACUGUCUGCGUUGGCUUUUCACUCCACUGGGGCGGCAGUUCUUCCUGAGCUGUGAUUGGUCAGUGAAGUCAGAAAACGGCGACGGGGUAUACACUUCUCAGAGGGACCCGGCUGAUCCCAUUGCCCAGCUGCACCGCUCUUUCUGCAGGAAGCUUUUGGAGAGAGCUGUUCACACCCUUAUCCAGCCGCAGAGUGACUCUGAAGCAGACAAACGCAAGAACGACUCUGGGGAGUUUUCCAGUGCCCUGGAGUUCCUGCAGCUGCUGAACAGCUGUACAGAGGACUCUCCUUCCCCACCUCCCCCUUUCUCAACUCCUCCCAGUCACACCACCAUUCCAGUGGGAGACCCAGUGAGUCGCUGGUGGGCUGUGGUCCUGAAGGCUGCCGUGUAUUGGCUGCAGGGCGAUGAUGUCGCAGUGAGGUCACUUUUGGCAGAAGCUGAGCGAAUGCCGAGGGCUCUGCACAUUCUUGACCACCCUCUGCCUAAGGCUGUGCUGCUUCUUUGUAAGGCAGUACAGAUAAGCCUGUCCCCUCUGAAGGGAGAAGGGGCAAUAGCCUGUCUUUCUCACUGUGACAGAGCCAGCAGCUACCUGUGCUCCAGCAUCUCAGUGCCCCUUGCCCAGUCUGGGAACUGGCUGAACAAGGGGGUUGAGCUCCUGGUCUGUGACCUCCUGCUGACAUUGAGGACCAGUUUAUGGCAGCGGGGAGGCAGCAGUAAUGGAGAACCUGGCCCAGCUCCUGGGUCUCAGUUGGCUGGUUUCCAGAGGGACCUCAGCGCACUCAGAAAGCUCACACAGUGCUACAGACAGGGACAACACAAGGUGUUCCUUCAUGAGACCACAGUAAGGCUGAUGGCUGGAGCCAGUCCCACAAGAACACACCAGCUGCUGGAGCACAACCUCCGACGAAGGACGCACAGCUCCUACACAGCUGAAGGUGAGUGUGUUCUAGGCGAGAGGGAGAGAGCUCACGCCAUUCUGUUGGCCUGCCGCCACCUGCCCAUGCCUUUGCUAACACCGCCCGGGCACCGAGCUCGUCUGCUGGCUGAGGCCAAGCGAACCCUGGAGCGGGUGGGAGACCGACGGUCCCUGCAGGACUGUCAGCAGAUUCUGCUGCGCCUCAGUGGGGGCACCACCAUCGCUGCUUCCUGAACACACGUGACGAAACAAAGCUUCUCUGUGGUUUGCUGUCGUACACAUAGAGACGUUAACCUGGCUUCUCCUCCGCCAACAUAUAAUUCUGUAAUUAUCAACUAUUCAGACUUAUCAAGGGACAGAAAUAUAGACUUUCCUUCAAACUGCCAAGUGGGCACCAUAACACAGCCGCAUCCAUCAGCCCUGUAUCCACCACCUGGCCGAAACAUUUGCUCAUUUGAUGCUUAGUUGCAUUGUUGCAGUACAAUCACCCCACCUUCUGGUCAUUACUGGUACUACACUGGCUAGCUGCCUCUUUUCAAACAAAGAAUCAGGUUAAAAAGGCCCUAAAGGGAAAAGGGACCAUUAUCUAAUAGCUGUUUAAAUGAAUGCAGUGCAGCAGUGCAUUGAUUUGGUCUAGGAUACCAAGCUGCACAAUCAUUACUGGCACACAGCAAUGUGAGUGCUGCAGUAAUGGUAAUGUGUGAUUUAAUUUGCAAGCUUCAUUUAAGGGCUUCACAGUAUUUAAGAGUAGACAGCUGAGGUCAGAGCAUGGCUGUGCUGUAGGAUGUAGACAGAUAGACUAGCUUGCUUUUAACCGUACAGUGCUGAGUAGUGUCUCUCCUUAUCUACCUCAAACACUGUACAGUGCCAGCAUUGUACUGUGGAGCAAAAAAAAAAAAAAAAA